GGCAAACGGUGUUUCAGUCAGUGACUCAAAUUGCCUCCCCUCCAUUUGCCAAUUAUCCGACGUAAUGUGAUAUAAAAGCGUCAAUUUUGCUACGCACUUGUCAGACGCGCCAACGAUAAAUCAGUGCAAUGGCUGUCAUACAUGGCACUACUACAGCCCGGCGGCAAACAUUCGCGACGGCAUUGCCAUGCGGAUAUAUUCAACUCAUCACAAUUCUCAUAUUGCUUUUAUCCAAGUGGAAUCUUGGUGUUUUAACUGCCGCGAAUACCUAUGAAUUUCGCGCCUUUGCUGACAUUUUAAAACAACAACAUAUACAACAUGCCAUUAUCGCGUACAACAGCGUCACCGACCAAACACAACAGCAGGCGGGUUUGCAAAAGGAUAAUGCAUUACGUGCACUGCUUAAUGUGGCAUCACUUCAGUUUUAUGAUGUCCAUCAAGCGAAAUCCGUUGAAAACUCUACUGAGUUUCAAAGACUCUUCUAUCAUGACUCACCGCGCGUUGGUAUCUAUGUGGCACAGCUGGAGGAUGUCUUGUUGCAACAGUAUGUUUUGGGCUCAAAUGUGAUUAGUGUUGACACCAUCGAUGCUGGUGGGUAUAGAGUGCGCGUUGAUGUGGGCUCGCGUUUCAACAGUUCUCGCGUCUGGUUCAUAAUGUCCAAGCAACGUACAGUGGCGACAGCGCUGGCGAAUGUGCGUCGAGUGAUGACGCCACUGCCAGUGAAUAUAAGCGCGGAUAUAACAGUCGGCGUUCGAUUGGAUGCGAAUAAUACAAUACAACUUUUCGACAUUUACAAAAUACAAAAAGAUUGGUUGGAGAUUGAACCGAAAGGUUAUUGGAGCGCCGCUAAAGGUCUUAAACUUAAUUUGCGGUUCCAUCAAACCUUCGUCAACAGGCGGCGCAAUUUCAAAGGUUUACAAUUAGUAGGUGGCAUAGUGAUACGUGAAAAACCCGCCGGUAUGGAGGAUUAUGACUAUUUGAACUCUUUGUACAAUAAAAAUUUCGACCCCAUGCAAAGGAAAACCUACCAACUGAUUAAGUUAAUGGAACCUGUAUUUGACGUAAGCUUUCAACCAAUACUUAGAGAAACUUGGGGUGCACAUUCGCCGAAUGGCAGCUGGGAUGGUGUUAUGAACUUACUACUCUCUGGUGAAGCGGAAUUUUCACUAUGUCCCAUGCGUUUUGUACCAAAUAGGGUACAUUUAAUAGAUUACACAAUAGCGGUACAUACGGAAUUUGUAUUCUUCAUUUUCCGUCAUCCGCGUCGCAAUGACAUUCGUAAUAUCUUCUUUCAGCCAUUUGUCGAAGAGGUCUGGUACACAGUUAUAGCGAUUAUUGUUUUAACCACAUUAUUAUUGCAACUACAUUUGCAUCAUGAAAAUCGUUUUUUCAUAAAUAAAGAUCCACAUUUUCAGACGCGUUUCGAUUAUGCGAUUUUCUCUAUUCUAGAAGCAUUUUUCAUGCAAGGACCCGCUAAUGACGCAUUCACCGCCACCUCAACGCGUACGCUUAUCUUCGCUGUUUGCCUGUUUAGCUUGUUGUUGCAACAGUUUUAUGGCGCUUUCAUUGUGGGCUCACUGCUUUCCGUCUCACCACGUACUAUAACCAAUUUGAAAGCACUAUAUAAUAGCAGCCUCGAAAUUGGUAUAGAAAAUAUACCGUAUAAUAUUGAAGUCUUUGAAAAGACCACAGUGCCGCUAGGGGUCGCAAUUUACAAAGAGCGUGUUUGCAAAAAUCGCGAGAGGAAUAUUAUAUCAAUCGAAGAGGGCGCUGAGCGCAUAAAAAAGGGUGGCUAUGCCUUUCAUGUGUCAGCUAAUCGUAUGUACUACAUACUAAAAGACUUACUAAGCGAAAAGGAAUUCUGUGAUUUACAAGAUGUACCGUUGAUUCCACCAUAUCGUAUUGGUAUUGGUAUAACGAAAAGUUCACCAUUUCGCGAAUACUUUACAACAACGAUUGCGAAAUUUCAUACCUCCGGGUUGUUGCAACAUAACGAAAAUCAAUGGCAGUUACCACAAAUGGAUUGUAGCCUAAGUCAAAAUUAUGAGGUCGAAGUAGAUCUACAGCAUUUCUUACCGGCCAUCCUAUUUUUAGUAGCUGCUAUGCUACUUAGCUCGGCCGUAUUAAUUUUGGAGAUAAUCUACUAUAACUUGGAAAACAGCACAAAGUUAGCACGUUUAUGUCCAAGAAUAAUGCCGAAGCCUAAACUGGAGUUUGUAAAUUGAAAAAUAAGAAUCAGAUUCUCAUUGAUCUAGAAUAAAUUUUAAGCAUUAAUGUAUAAUUUUAAGCUUGAAACGAAAGAAAUUAUGUGGUCAUCUCAAGGUAUUCAUAAGUAGACUUUUAGUUUUACUAUCCGCGAGCGCGACUAUAAUAUAUUAAGUAAAGUAAAAAGUU